GUGACCCACUCACAAAGGCUUUAGACUCUAUAAAUAUGCUGCCUUUCUCUGUCAGUACACAUUGAAGUCUUACGACUGUCUGAGAGAAGCAAAUAAUAAUAAUAAUAAAACAAAAAACAACAACCAAGAGUCUGAUAUGUCUGAUAGUGGAGUGAAGAAACCAAAGCCCAAAAUCUCGGCAUCCCGACGCUUAUAUUUAAAGACCAAAAUUCUGAAGAAAGCUAGCACUUUGUUGGAGGAAGAAAAGAAAGAGAAAGUAAUUGAGAGAGAGAGAAUCCUCAGUGAAAGAUUGCCUCCUCUCCAGCUGAGUGGUUUAUCAUUGCAAGACUUACAGACUUUGUGUAAAGAACUGCAUCGCAAAAUCGAUGGUGUUGAUGAUGACCGCUACAACGUUGCAUCUAAAGUUGCUAAAAAUGAGAAAGAGGUUGCGGAUUUGAGCCACAAAAUCUUCGAGCUCAAGGGCAAAAUGAAGAGACCCAACCUGAAGAGGGUAAGAGUGUCUGCGGAAGCAAUGCUCGGCGCUCUGCUCGGCUCCAGACACAAAGAGUCCAUUGACUUCAAGGCCAACCUUAAGACAGUAAAGAAAGAAGAGGAGAAGAGAGAGGAUACUGACUGGAGGAAGAAUGUGGAUGCCAUGUCUGGUAUGGAAGGCAGAAAGAAGAUGUUUGCUGGAACAUAAUAUAAUGAAUGGAAAUAAAUCCAGUACAAAUGAAUACUGCACCCAGUGUAAAAUUCAACACUGUGACUCAAAAGGUGUCAGUGGAAACACAUAUAGAAUGCAUUUGUGUAUGAUAAUUUAUGAUUAUUAUAUUUUUUUGUAUAAUAAUGAUGGUAUUAUAGCAAAAUGUUGUUUAUAUGUGAUAUCAACCUAAUAAAGUGGCAUUUGUCUAUAAGUAA